AUGGCCUCGCCCAAUUUGUCACAGAAAGCCAAUGAUCUACCCGCCUUGAGCAAUGACGGGGACAACGAAGCGGCUGCCCGCCACCUCCAGUCUCGCCUUUUGGAGGCUCAGCCGCACCGCUCUAGCGGCCGUGGGGGCUUCAAGCUAGCCAAACCCGCGCACCACGCCAGUACUGGACGCCAAAAUGGCACUGGUCGUACCGCGGGCCGCAGCCUCCGCCUGGCUCCCCUGGAUGACGGCAAGCUGCGGUCAGAUGUUCAAUUCAGCCAGCACAAGCCCCUGCCACCCUCGGCUGGAGAUGGUGCCAAAAUUGCGGCCCCGUCUGACUUGGGAUAUGCCGGUGACAACCAUAUUGCCGCCCUCGCGGACGCCUCAAUGGACGACAUUCUGGCUUACGUGCAGGCCCAUCCAGACAUUGGAUUUGUCUACGCGCUGCCGCGUGCCCCGCAGGAAUCGGUGGAGCGCAGCAUGUAUGACCUGCGUGUUGUGCCCGCUGCUGACAUUUAUCAUGUCUUUCCCUACUUCACCAUCUCCCCUGAUGGCGUCACUUGCGUGCAAGCCACCACCUCGGAGUUUCACUCGUUACCCCGUUUCAUCAAAGACGUGGCGCUGACCAAACGCCUCAAGCAGAUGCCCCUUGUUUACCAAUUCCGACAGUGGAAGGCCUUUACCACCUGGCGCAAGGCCAUCACUGGGGCCCGCCGACAUGCUCGUGGUGAAUUUUUGCAGCGCCAUCUUUACCUCCUCUCCACCUUCUUGCAGCCGGCUCUCCUUCGCGUUCGGGCCAUGUGCCUGGACAUUGUUGAAGCCCGCUUGGCUGUCAUUCGGGAAACCGAAGCCCCGACAAUUUCCGAGUUUGUGGCUCAGCAACACAAACAAGUCACGGCCGUCGCCGAGCGCCUCCGGACGUUCCGUGAUGACAUUGCCGCUGUGGCGCUCGAAGCUUGCCAACGAGUUCUUGUGGAAGCUGGCUACACAGGUACUAGCAGCUGCCGGGGUCUCUGGCACCAUUCACUCGUCCGACACAUGUUCAGCCGCGCACCCACAUCUUUACUCACCUGUGUUGUACCUCUAGACGAUCGCGACAUGUCAUAUACGGAGCAAGGACAAAAACAGGCGCUCUGCGUUCGCUUGGCGCGCUUCCUGCGCCUCAUUGACAAGCUGGUGGCUAGUGCCAUGCAAGAGCUGGCUGUGGAAUCAAUUGUUUUCCUCAGCGAUCAUGCUACCCGCAUCCGCCGCGUUGCACUCGAGCAGGGCCAGGCAGCCUACGACGAAGCUGUCCAGGCGGCUAAAGAACAGGCCGCCCACCAGGCCGCGGAGGCCACCGCCGCCAAACAAAAGAAGAGCAAGGGCAAGCCUGUGGAGCCCGUCGAAGUCGCCCCUGCCAUUCCCGGUCAAGACGGAGUCCCCUUGCCCCCGGGCCUGGUCCAGGUCACGGAUGGCUAUGUCGUGUUGCGUCGCGUCAAGGCCGAUGCUCCUGCCUCCACCUCCACUUCUACCUCCACUUCCAACAGCAAAAACGCGAACAAUGCCAAGGCUGAUCGCCAAGGCCCUCGUGCCAUGUUCAAGGUUGCACUUGAGCUUGACACGGACGGGUUGACCUUUGCCCCGGAUGGUGAUGACAUAAAGGGGGCGCUCCGCCAGUUGCUCGACCGUUUCUCGCGCGCUGUGUGCGGUGUCGAAGCCGUGGCUCGUCACCGUGACUUUGUGAGCAUCAACGAGUGGGCCCAGAUGCUCCCCGAACAAGCGGAGGACGAGACACAGGCCCUCGAGAGCAUGCUCAAGGGUGAUCGUCACAUGUAUGCCAGCUUUGAUGCUCUGCUUGCGGCUGUCGACUUUGGCUUCGCGGCUGCCGGCGAGUAUCGUGCCUCGUUGCAGGACAUCCAGGAGCGCUUUGCCGAGAGCACAGCC